ACUUGAUCAUGAAUUAGGAGAAGCUGCCGAAUACGUCGCUUCCAACACCAAGCUUGUCGUUUGUCCCUAGUGGUUCGCAUUUUACCACACUACCCGUUUCCAUCCUGCUUGCCUAACGCCAUCGCGAUACAUCCACAUCCCGGAUACUAAGAAUCCGUCACUGUGCUUCUGCGCUAUCUGGAGGAAGCCAGGAAUGCUGGCCAGGUCCAGUUCACGAACACUCGUACCAUCGGACCGUGCGGCGACACCUUGGGCCCAGCCAAUGUACGCCGUAUCACAUCGCAACGCGUGGAUACGAACGCAGGCUGCAAGAGGCCUAGCGGCUGCAGAUGCAGGAGGCUCCGCAACCGCAGCCACGGAAUUUCCAUGCACCUCGACGCCCGAACGCGACGCUGCCUGGGAUCUGCUACGAGACUUCACGCUCAAAGAGUUUCGGAGAGCAGCCCAGGAGCCGUACCUCAGCUCGCUCGCCAAGAGAGAACGCCUGAGGGAAGCACUCAAGCUGGCGUUUUCUGGGCCUUAUCCUCCUGCCGGCUGGCUGGGCCCGCCGGGGGAUUCCGCCGACUCGGAGGUGCUGUUGGGAGUGUUGGCCAGCGACAUCUCCUUUGCUGUCCGGGCGUAUCGAGACUGGGUUGAGGAGCUGGGCCUGCCGUUGGUGCCGCCAAGCUGCAGGGUAGAUGGCGUGAGCAACGCCAUGCAGCUACGUGGCGGGGUGUACCUGAAGUACAACUCCAAGACGCAGUUGUGCUACGUCUCCCGGUACGACGGUCGAGAUCGAGGGGUGCUGCUGCAGCUGGGGCAGCUACAGCUUGGUCACUUCCCGCUGGGUUUCUUCGACGAGGGCAUGACUAAGCCGCCACCGAAUUUCUAAGAAUUAUCGUGAUGGUCUGCUCGUUUAAUUUCAUAUCUAGAACCCACUAAGAAAUACACAUGAGCCGCGGGCAAAUGACAUGGUUGAUGUAGCGGUUGUACGGAUAUUUUGUCGCGUUUUUACAUCCUCAGCUUUGGUCAUUUCUUUUUUCCUUUUGUGGACGGGAAUGAGAGUGUGGGUGAGGGUGAGGGUGAGGGCGAGGGGAAAACGGCGAUCAGGGUGGUGGCGGGGACAGUUGGGUGUGUGCGUGUGUGUGUUUUAAUGAUCUGAGCCGCGAUGUGUCUGUUUGUGUGUGCGCGCGGGUGUGUGCGUUGCGCUUCCACCAUAACUUCUGGCCGUAUUGCACUAUAUGGGUGUCUAGCCAGUCAGUGAGGUGGUGUGUGGGUGUGGGUGUGGGUGUGUGACCACCCAGUACUGAUUAGGCUGUGGGGCUGCUGCGCUGUGGUCUACCCGGACAGUCACCGAUGGAUGACACUUGUAUGGAGCUCGUU